UGCACGAUAAACAGGGUAAAACGAAAGAGCCAAAAAAUUGUCACUGAUCGUGGGUAAUUUCGUUGGUCGGGAAGUUCCCGCCGGUAAGGAAGCUAUACGAAAAAAUUCAUGUGGAAAAUAAGUACGGAAAAUACCGAAAAGAUAGCUAUGUAUUAUAAAUGGAGCAAGCUCAAAAAUUAUAAGCAGGGAAAAAGAUGGAAGAAGUUCAAAAUUUUGUUGAGGUAGACCUCAGUGAUAUUCCUAUGAAACCUACUGCAGUGUUGCAGGUUUGUGAAGGGAAGAAAAAUAAAGAUUACUUGAAAAAAAUUAGAUAUUUUAUGGAAAAAAAGACAACAAAAAUCACUGUUGUGAUUGCGCUAUUGUUCACCAUUGCAAUGGUGGCUGGGGGAAUGACCUUUAGUUAUUUAAAGCAGUCAAACAAGGAAGUUGCCAGCAUCAGUGAUGACACCUUAGAUCGAUUAGAAAAACAAAUUGUUAUUGAAAGCCCUUCAACUACUCCGGAAGCGGCUACAACACAAAUGAACGGUGGAAAGUUGGUUAGUUCAGACGUUGUGGACGAUUCAACGUCAACGAGUAGCACUAAGAAAACAACCACGGUUUAUUCUGAAACCACUGGAACGUCGGUGCCAACAACGUCGUCUACAUUGCAAUCUACGACAGUGGAUGCAGCACACGUUGUGACAAACUCUCUUAUGACUGGCAUUCGUACAAAGCGUUAUUUGACAACAACAAAAGACACGCAUCAGAGAACAAUGAAUGAUGUCCGUACAAGGAAGUAUGCGAGCGUGCCGAAGACAACCAUAGUUACCGAAGCCGUUCCAAUGCCGGCUGCACUGUCGGCGGAUUAUUCUUCGACAGUUGCUUGCAAGAAAGCAAAAGCUGGAUUCAUUGAGUUAGCAAAAGAUAUUGAAACGACUGAUAAAUACAGAUUUUCUUUGAUCAGCGAUUUCAAAUGUGAAUUGUCAAAUGAUCUAUCACAGACAAGCAAGUGCGAUUAUGUCUCAUAUGAUACAUUCAAAAUACCCCCUUCAAAAGAUUUUAACAGAAUGGACAUAGAUGCCCUAGUUUUCUACAGCUCAAUGUUAAAGGACAUACACACAGGUCUUCUCAGCAUCUACCAGGACUUAAAAGCAAAAUUUCCAUCUUGGGAAAAGAAAAUUCCCGAAAUGCAACUUAACACGUUCAUACUUUACAACGACUUUGUGGAUCGCGAAAGGGACUUAAAAAAAGAUUGUGACAUGGAGCCUGAAAUGAAGACUGUACCAAAGUAUAUAUUGACAUAUGCAGAAGCCAGAAAAACAAACAACAGUGAGGUGGAGAGCGCUUUUAUUUUGUUGAAUCAGUACGAGUAUGUCAUUGGAAUGCUUAAAGAGGAGCUAUGGCAACGCAAGAGAUGCUUAGACUGAAUGUCUUCAGAUGAAAUUAUAUAGAUACAUUUUUUUAUAUCUUUAUAUUUUUUUAUACCUUAGUUAUUUUAUUUAUUUUUAUUUAUUUAUUUUUUACAAAAUAUUUUUCAGUAUUUACAAAACAAGUUGUGAUAUAUUUUUCUAACAUAAAAUGUUGUAUUUAACUUGUUAAGCUUCUAAUUAUCUUCAUUGUCCACAGCCUAAAACAUUAACGAUGGCGCUUAGAAUUUCCCCUUUGAAAGGAUUAUAAACUAACAAUCAAAUCAAAACAAAUUGAAGUAACAAAAAAAAGGUAGGCUUGAGACAAAAGGGAAUUUUUAGUUUUGCACUCAUAAAAUGUUUGCUUUUGCUAAAAAAUACAUAGGGAAUGUAUAUAGAGAAAAUUUAUUUGUAUAUAAGAUUAUUUUUAUAUAUUUGAUAUUCAUAUGAUAUAUAAAAUGUAUUUAUAGAUUUAUAGAAAAAAAAAUAUUUUUUAGCAGCUUUUUUAUAUAAUAUUAUUUAAUAAGACAUAAUAGUGUCUAAAUUUAUUUUGAAGGGGCUAUGGAUCGGCUGUUGGUCUAUAAAUUUAGUGACUUACACGAAAGUCAAGCGGUAAUAAAAUGAAUGAAAAUGAGAACUAAGAACAAAAACAAGAUUUUGAUAUAUAACUUUGAGAAUAACAUCAAUGAUGGAGAGCUCACUUUAAGUGUUUGUAGCCCCUUUACUGAAAGAGUGCGAGGUGUAACCAAGAAAAUUAAAAAAAAACUUUUUUUAAAUAUAUAUUUACACUCCACAAGGGUGUUCUUUAGAGACCAACGUGAAAAAUAUACUUUACAAAGAUAAUAUAAACUCGUUUGGAGUUUAAUCAAGUUAUUUCCAUCUAAAUUAAAAAAAUGUAACGAGUGGUUGAAGUGAAAUUUAUGACGUGACGUGUGUUUCUGUCUGCUGAAGUGGAGUCUAGUUACAACCCUGACUGGUGCCGUUUAAGGUACAGGGCAAUAACAGAGUCACGAUACUUUCAAUGGUAUAUAUAAUAUUGUAGUCACUUAAUGUAAAUUUAGAAAAAAAUAUUUAGGAGAAUAAAAAUUAUUUAAAUUAUAAUUGUAAAACAAAGUUUUUGUUAAAUAUAUGUUCAUAUUAUAGAUCAUGCCUUAUUUAAAUCACCAUCUCCCCAAACUUAUCCAAAAUGCUGAGGUUCACAAAAGAAUGCAGCAUAAAUCCUUUUAAGUUGUAUUUUAUGAGACUAUAAUAAUAUUCGAUAUAAGACAAUUAAAGUCAUUUCGCAAAUAUUUUAAAGUCAGAACUUUUAAACCAAAUGGACCUGUUAUAUCUUUUUGCAGACACGUUGAUUGAUAUAGAUUUAUUUGGUGAUGUGGUGUUAAACGAUCUGGACGACCACACUUUGUUGUACACAAUGUAAACAGUCAAUUUAAUUACAAAUAAAAUAAUGCUUUGAAAUUGUUGUUUUUUAAUAAGCAUUUUCACGCAAAGAACUCCUGUAGAGACGUCAGGAAACUUGUCAAAGUCAUGACAUAAGUCACGGAAAACCAAAGUUGACCGACCAACCUAUUAAAUAAAAGAACAAAUGUUUAUUAUUUAAAAACUUUAUAUAUAUUUUUUUACUCUUUUAUGAAAAAUUGUUUGUGCAAUUUUAAAGUUUUAAGUUUCUGUCUUUCUCUUGGACAGCAGCUGCAGUUCUAUCAAUGUCUAAAGGCAAGAACCAAGUGUUUAUUAAAUAGAUGUACAGAUACCUUCCGGUAACUUAAACAUCUGAUAUCUUGAACCAUUUUAACUUUCUUUAAUACUUUCUUAUAGAAAAUAUUUGGUUAACUUGACCUAUUCUCUACUUCAGAUAUUGAUCGAACUAUAAUUAUAUAAAACACUUUACUACCCUUGCUACAACACCCAUUUAAGCCUCCUUAGCGCCAUUGCUCCUCUAAAGCUACGCCCAUAUUCUUCCUCCUGAAUUCCUUGAUCUUUUUUUACGUGUCUUGAGUUUAUUGUGAGUUUGUCACCCUAUGUAUUAUUUUAGUUUGAUCUAACAUACUUAAAAAAGGAUCUACUAAAUAAAUGCUACAGCUUAUUAAUAAUGCAUAUCAAUUUUUUGUAGUCUUUUUGUGCCUCAAUAUGUUAAUAGGUAGUGACAAAAUAGUAUAAUUGUCACUCUUAGUAUUAAAAUAGUUGCUGACAAUCAUCCAUUAAACUCGUUCCUUAUACCCCAGCAUAAAAAGGGUUAAGCAGAAAUUUUUGCGGAAAAUAGAUAAAUAAUAGAUUGAAACUCAUUAAGUAUCAUAGCCAUCAAACGUAGCAUGAAGGAGUUAUUAAAAAAACCUGUCUGAUAGAUGAAUAUUGAAACUCAUUAAGUAUCAUAGCCAUCAAACAUAGCAUGAAGGAGUUAUUAAAAAAAACCGUCUUAUAGAUGAAUAUUGAAACUCAUUAAGUAUCAUAGCCAUCAAACAUAGCAUGAAGGAGUUAUUAAAAAAACCCGUCUGAUAGAUAAAUAUUGAAACUCAUUAAGUAUCAUAGCCAUCAAACAUAGCAUGAAGGAGUUAUUAAAAAAACCCGUCUGAUAGAUAAAUAUUGAAACUCAUUAAGUAUCAUAGCCAUCAAACAUAGCAUGAAAGAUUUAUUAAAAAAACCCGUCUGAUAGAUGAAUAUUGAAACUCAUUAAGUAUCAUAGCCAUCAAAUAUAGCAUGAAGGAGUUAUUAAAAAAACCGUCAGGGGAGGGGGGCGGAAUCCUCGGACGGACCAAAUAGGGUUAUUGGCAGCAGCCUAUCGCAAAAAUAAGUUCUGCAUUUUGUAUAAAAAGCAUUCUGAUCGCAAAUUUUUAUUACAGUCAACCUCAAAUAUAAAUUCUGCAUUUUAAAAAUUGUUUUUCCAAUUUUGUUUAUUUUAAACUCUUUUAUUUUAAACUAUUUUAAACUCAAUCGCAAAAAUAAUUUACGCAAAAAUUUCUUACCGCAAAAAUCUUACCCAUAUAGUUUGCGAUAAAAAGGUACAUUUGACAUAUUCAAAUAAGUGAAAAUUAUUCAUGAAUCUUUUUUAUGCGCAAGAAAUCUUAAUUGAUUUCCGCCGGCGAGGGCGGAAUCUUUAAAAUCGCCUGGGAAGAUAGAGAGAUAGAUAGAUAGAGACAGCCCAGAGCCUGGACGCCUAAAACUUAUCCAGGCUAAAGCCUAAAUUCUCGUUUUGACACAUUUAGUUCUGAGAACGAGGCUAUAUUGCGUUUUAAACUAAUAGAAAUACAUAUACAAAGGGUAAUUCCCUCCCACCCAGGGAAUUUAUUUAGGUAGCCACAAAGUUUUAUGCUGGUGAAAAGCAGUUUGCUGAUUGAAUUGAUUUAUUGCUAAACUAGCUAUAUAUUUGAUACUGUGAAUACGAUAUAAAUACAUAAAUAUAUAUAUAUAUAUAUAAAAGACACCUAUCGUACUUCUGUUGUUGGUGUGCAGAAAUUGUCGUCGACUGCUUCGGUAUUGCAUAUUUUGCCGUUUGCUGGGCACAGAAUUUGCAUUUCUUGAUUUCUUUGCUUUUUUGACGAUGGAUCAUCUGAUUGAUAUCAGAAUUAGCAGUUGAUGACGAUUGAGUUGAGUCAGGAAACCAGUCCCAAAUUGUUCUAUGAUACAAAACAUGUUGCCACGAUUUCAUUGAACUAAUUUUUACCCAACAAUUCACAAUUUCAAGCGUCAUUCAAACGUGAUUUGCAUGUGAAGAUUUGUUGACAGAAGCGGUAAAAAAAAAGAUGGAACAAUGAUGAAACAGAAGAGCUUGCUGAUUUACUCAAUUACCACUUUUUGUUGGAUGCGUUUGAAAUAAGAAUAUAUUUGUUAAAUACAGAUUAUGAAUUGAAAUAAAAAAAUACUUGUAAUAGCCUAAUUUGUACUUGGGCUUCUUGUAUUUUUUUAGAGAAUACUAUAUGUAAAAUAUUUUAUUUUUUUAUUUAUAUAUAGACAUUAUUUUUUUAUAAGAACAUGAAUAUGGUAAAAAUGCCUUGCAAUGUUUUUAACGUGUUUGAAAUGCAGCCUAUAAGUAUUCUUGGGAUGUUCUUAAUGUACCGUAAAUGACAAAUAAGCCCCUGGGCAGGGAGCUUAUUUAAUUUCACCCAUUAAAAGGGGCGCUUAAUUGGCAAUGCGUGUAAUUAUGUAGCAGUGUUUAUUCAGCAGGGGGCGGUUGUUCUGUAUUUUAUGGUAUUACCCUACUUUGAUGAUAAUUGCUACAAAGUGUAGCACUUGGAUCUUUUAUAUUUUUUUAUAUUUUUAUUAAAAAAAAUUGUAGUCAAGCUUCACAAAGCCUUAAAAUAAUCUUAACAUGUUCUUAAAUUUUGAGACUUAUGUUCUUAUACUUUGUUUUGUCCUCAGAACAAAAGAUAUUUACGCUGGGCUUACUUUGUUUUUAAACUUUUUUAAACUUUGGUGCAGAUAACAUGCAUUGCGUUUUUGUUCUCUGAGAAUAAUCUCACACUAUAUGACAUAUUUUAAUCCCAUACUUAUUAUUUCUGCUGAUGGCGGAAAUCUUCAAGCCAACGGGCUUCUUGUUUUAUAUUUUAACCGAAGGAGGUUUUUGAGAGACUGACAGUGUGGACUGACUGACAACUGCUUGAACUUGUCAAGGUUUCCAGCCUGGUAUUAGGUACGCAGCUAUGGCAAAAGUACAACCUAAACAAGAGCUCAUUGGUCUAUUUUCCUGUACAAGAGCUUCUAGCUUAAGCAACUUUUGAAGUCAGACUUUUUUCUAGGUUUUAUACAAAACAAACUGUGUAAACAUUCUUAUUUUCUACACGGUUGGAAAGCUAUCGCAAAAAUUGAUUCUAUACAACAAUAUCUUCCAAAAGCAAACUGUCAGGAAAACAUAAACUGUUUUUUUGUACAGUACACGUAUAUAAAAACGACCAAAUGUGCUGAUCAUUUGGAAUGAAACAGAGAUGAACGCUGCACUUAAAAACAAAACUUUGAAACGAGGGGAGGGAAUAUAAACAUUUUUGUAAAGAAUAAUUUCCUUGGUCCGCCUAACUUUUAUGAAGUAAUGAAAAACAGUAUCUAUCAGGUGUUCAAACGAUUUGAAUAAAUAUUCAACAACAGUUAUAAACGGAAAGAAGAAAUCUAAUUGUCUUUGGAAUAUAACAACUUCACAAAACGUAACAAACAGUACACAAUCAUGAACAAUCAUAAAUUUGGCGUUAGAAAAACCUCCGAAUACACGACUACAUUAUUUAUUUAUUUAUUCUUUUUUCUUGUAUAUAUCUUUAUCAUUGCUAUUCAUAGAACUAUACAAUAUUCGCAUACUGCACUUAUAAACGGGCAAUAAAACAUUCAUUAGAUGAAAGAAAAAGAAAGCUUUUAUUUCGAUAAAAAUUAUUCAUUUAAGAAAUGAGCGGCUUUUUUCCUGCGACAGCUAAUAAAAUAUGCGAAGUGUUUUUAUAACUUUUGAUAUUAUUGUAUAAUGUUUUUAAACUUUUCCAUGUUAUAUUUGGUGUGCAUGAUGUCGCUUCUACAGCGAGUCAACACACUUCUAAAAUGCUGGUCGUGCGAAGGUGUCGACGAGGAAGAUUGUUAUCAUAAAAGGUCCAUUGUGGAGUGUGAGCAUUCUAGUGAGCAAUGUCUCACCGUGUCGUACUCAUAUAAAGAAGAAGAAGAGAUAAAGAGAGUCGUAACGAAGAAGUGUACUGUUUGGUCUAUACACUGGGAUGGAUGUGACUUCGGCUGCCAUGUACCGAGAGAAUUCAAUUCUACCGAUUGCAAACCUGAAUGCUGUGAUGAAGACUUAUGCAACACCAGCAAAGGAAGUUUUACUAGUUUAGGAUAUAUUAUUCAAAGUUCUUUGUAUUUUUUCAUUAUUUCCCUGUACUGUGUCUACCAACAUAGCUGACGAAUCAAGAACGACCAGCAUUGACAUAUGAGUAAUGUUUUGCAAUAUAGAGUUUAUUUUUGUGACACCUACAUGUGCAUAUAGAGCAGUGCAGAAUAUGUAAAGGCGUAGCUCAUUUGCCGCGGAAACUGUACAGCUGAGUGGGUUAACAACACCAGUUUUAAUGACAAAAUGGCACAUCAUAUAUUUUGGGAUCAACACAAUAAAUUCUAGGUUAAAAAUAUUUUAAAUAAUUUUUUUAUAAGUACUCUUAGAUUUGAAUUUGCACGAAGAAACGCGCCCACUCUUUUGGGAAA